ACCGCUAAGCAUCUUUCCUUUCUCUCUCUCUCUCUCUCUCUCUCUAUAUAUUUCCCAAAAAAAGCUCCAACCUAAAACCCUCAUCUUGCCCUUUCUUCUUCUCAACUUCUCCUCUUCCAAUCCAUCCUCAUCCAUGGAUUUCUUCGAUUUCAGUCCUUCAACCUCAUCACCGCCGCGUUUUUCUGCUUCUCCUCCACCUCCUCGCUCCAUCAGAGCUAGAACAAGAGGAGGAGUUCGCUCAACGGUGUCUCGCUUGCUCGGAAGAUUUCUUUGUGCCGUCGUCACCUGUGUCUUCGCUUUAGUUGGGUCUUUUGUUGGCGCUGUGACCGGCGCGCUCAUUGGGCUUGCUACUGAGAGUGGCUUGUUUCGUGGUGCUGGGAUUGGUGCCAUCUCUGGCGCUGUCUUCUCUAUUGAGGUUGUUGAGUCCUCUCUUGCGCUCUGGCAUUCUAAUGAAUCCGGGAUUUGGAGCAUUCUCUAUGUGAUUGAUAUUAUCACUAGUCUUCUGAGUGGAAGGCUUGUCAGAGAGAAGGUUGGACCUGCAGUGCAGAGUGCUGUGCAGAGUCAGAUGAAUGCUGUAGACUUGCCCUUCGCUGAGGCUAUUGAUCUCUUCGAGACAGGUGGCACUAAAGGCAUGUCAAAGGACUCAGUUGAUAAGAUUCCGAAGGUCAGUGUUACUGCAGAGAACAAUGUUGAUGAUUCGGGAGAGAAAAUAUGCUGCUCGGUUUGUCUUCAGGAUCUUCAGAUCGGAGAGACGGUGAGGAGCUUGCCGCAUUGCGAGCAUAUGUUCCAUUUGUUGUGCAUUGAUAGCUGGCUCAUCAGGCAUGGUUCUUGCCCCUUGUGCAGGAGGGAUAUCUAGGUUCACUGUCCCUUUACUAUGUAGAGACUUAGAUGUACAUAGUUUCAGUUGAUUUUCUUUUAUACAUGCUACUCCUUUUGCCCUGCUUGGGGGGUGGAUAUUGGAUAUGGACACCAUAAAACUUGUUGGGGAGAAUGAUAUAUCACCUUUUUGCUUCAUAUAAGGCUAAACAGAGUUCUAACA